GAACCACUGAAUUCUUUUGUGGACUGGAUGCGUGAAACAUCUGAACCUAUCAGAAAAGAAGUGGUUAAAAUGAUGUGGGCUUGCAGUUUUGUUGGUGGGGGGGAAUGGUGAUAGAUGAUUGGAGGAGCGGGUGUAGCGCUCCAGUAUCCGACCACUGGUGUGUGCUGCUGCCGGGGAGGAGGAAGAGGAGGGAGGAGGUUCGCAGGACGCGAGGCGCGACGUGGAAGAAGCAGAAUUCCGAGUAGUGAAAAAGCCCCGCGGUGUCGGGAGGCAGACCGGCAGCCGGCAGCGGGACUUGACAUGUAACACGUCCGCAGACUGAGCCGUGUGAGGGGGAAGACGAAGAAGAAGAAGAAGAAGAAGAAGAAGAAGAAGACGUCGCCAUGGACGGAGGGCUGAUUAUCACUUUUAUAUCUGUUGCGAUGUUCUUGGGCUGCUUUUUCCUCGGCUUCAUCCCGCUGCUGUUCAGAUUCUCCGAGAAAAGCCUGCAGUUUGUGUCCAUCCUGGGGGCCGGGCUCCUGUGUGGGACAGCGCUGGCCGUGGUCAUCCCCGAGGGAGUGGGCUUGCUGGAGGAGUCGUGGAGAGCAUCCUCCUCCUCCUCCUCCUCUGAUGUGCCGUCCAGCCUGAACGCCAGUGGGAAAAACCCGACCCCUGCAGAGAGUGGCCCCCCGCAUCGGUUCUACAUCGGUGUGGCUCUAACCGUCGGGUUCACCCUCAUGUUCGUGGUGGAUCAGAUCGGAGGUUACUUCUCCACGCAGGCCCAGAGGAACAGUGUGGGCAUCACGGCCACUUUGGGGCUGGUGAUUCACGCCGCAGCUGAUGGAUUUGCUCUGGGAGCAGCUGUGGCCACGGGACAGGUGACAGUGCAAGUCAUCGUGUUUUUUGCUGUGAUUCUGCACAAGGCGCCUGCAGCUUUCGGUCUGGUCUCCUUUCUGAUGCACGCGGGCCUCGAAAAGAAGUACAUUCAGGGACAUUUACUGGCCUUUUCAGCUGCGGCACCCAUAGUCGCCAUCGCCACUUACUUCAUAUUACACGCGUCUGGCAGUUCGUCUCAGAGCCAGCUCAGCGCGACAGGUGUGGGAAUGCUCUUCUCCGCCGGGACUUUCCUCUACGUGGCCACGGUGCACGUCCUCCCCGAGAUCAGCAGCGGCAAGACCCCCUCCGACCCGGAGAACAACACGGAAGCAGAGCCCCACCGGCAGCCACACCUGGGGCUCCUGGAGAGCCUCACUCUCAUCCUCGGGGUCGGGCUCCCGAUGGUGCUGGCUCUCGGGCUGCAUGACGACUGAGAGAGAGAAAACUCGUUUCAGAGUGCCCGCUGGCGCUUGAGAGCAAAACCUGUGAGCACCUGUUGAAUAGACCACGAGGCGUGAACUACUUAGAUGGAGAAGACAAUGUACCUGUGAGGAGAGUGCACCUGGGCUCAGCCACUGUUUGUGUAUCGAACAACACUCUCCGGCGUGUUUAGAGAAUUUGAUAGCUAAUAUAUUGUCCUUGCUGGACAGGUUUUUAAUUGAGUGUUGACAAUUAGGGCAGGAGGCCUUUGUCUCCAAGCUCAAAUUCAAUAAGCCCUCUCGAGGCCUUUUUUUUUUUUAUAAUGCCUGAGACGGAUACCAAGCAUGGCAUGUUCAGUGGUGAAAUCACAGUAACUAGAGAGACUUACAGGACGUGCCAAGUGAUCCAACAGGGUCUGUUACCCAAACAAUGAGAGAUCUGGGUCACUCAUUUUUAAGUAUUUCUUUCUUACCAUGUGGAGUCAGGAGCUUGAAAACAGCUCCAGACUUGAGUACAUUUUCUUUCUUGACAUUUUGCGAGUUCAUUUUGUUUAUUUGUUGGACGACAAAAGCCAAGAGAGCUCGUGAAAGAUGGGACACGGCUGAGGCUAGCUGGUUACUGACUGACUUCAGCAGACACCUCCGCAAAACAGUGCAUGCAGAGUUAUUUAUUCACAUUCUGUUGAAGAUAGUUCAUUUUUUUGUUUUCUGAACGUUUCAAACUAAAAUUCCGGCCAUAUCUUCCACAUUGCACCUUUUAAAUCACACGCGAGUCAGACAGAAGCAGGUGGCCGACGGUAGGCAGUGCAGUAAGCUCCGAUCGCAGACGUUUCACCCAGAAUCAGGGUCAUCUCGUUUUUAUGGUUUCUCUUUCACUUCCACCUUCAGUACAUGCAGAAAUUCACAUGAAAUAAAAACAUGUCUGCUCACGUCA